AUGCUUUAUUUCCUUCUUAUAGUGCCUCCCGUUCCUGUUCCUGUACCCCCGAAUCCAAAUGCUCGCCUUCGAUCCUUCUUCAUCCUGCUCGGUCUCUUCGCUACUGCGGUAGUAGCGAUUGUCAAUCCCCCCGACGACCCUCCGUUGACCGCUAUCUUAUCGCCGCCUGGUGGUGCUAUCCCAAUCGGGAAAUCAUACAUCAGCACCCCCACUACUCUUACCACCACCGCUUCUCCCUUAACCUCCGAAAGUGCUGCCGGUCGUAAAGACGUUGGAGUCGCCCCUAAGUCUGAGUUACGUACCGACUCCAACGCUGCAGCACUCCCUAGCACUCUCAGUACCUAUGAGCAGAUGGUCCAGAAGACUACCGCGGCAAUUGUCACUCUUUCAUCACUCAUUGCCUAUGUGACGCUCAACAGUAUCAUUCGGGCGGUCAAGCCGUCGGUCUUCAUCUGGUAUGAGGAGGAUUAUGACGAGAAGAGCUGGAUUGCGUCUUCGCAUCAUUGGCUCGAUCGGAAAGCUUGUCGCUGGUUCGGCAUCUGCGGUGCUGCUCACUUUCGCCCGUCUCAUUCACGCUUCGGCCAUCGCAAGGCUGAGUCACUGAUGGAGCUCCCUGGGGAAGCAGAUCAGUCACCCUGGCGGGAGUACUGGGAGAACAAAACCGCUCAUCCCGAGGAAACCUGGGACGAAGCAGAACGGUCUCGUCGUCAGAUUCCAGAUUAUGUUUUGGACUAUGCUCCGCUGGUGCAUCUCUUUUCUGGUGAACAGUUCUGGCCCUGCGAUAUUGCGGAGCAUCUCUACCACAUCACGCCCAUGCUGAAUUAUACUCCGAUUCAGUCGCAGUCCGAUCACCCAACCUUGCGAAAUCUUGACCAACUGAAUCGUUGGGAGGCCGGGCGCAAUGUCUUCCUUACUAGCAAUGAUGACGUGGAAGAACGUCCUCCAUGGAUGGAAGGGGAGAAGAAUGUCCCAAGCCCCCCAGACGAUGACCCGGAGCCAGCUUGGGCUGAUUGGGAUGGUCGGAUAGACGGUGCUUUCGCGGAUGAUACGCCCCAGAAUCGAGCAAAAAGGUACGAUACGCAACUGCCUCUGCAGGACAGGGAGUCAGAAGAUAUCUCGCUAGAUCAGCUCGGCUAUCUCAUGCAGGAUGAAGAUACCGUACGUGAUGAACUGCGCAAGCGGUAUGGAGGCGAACCGAUAUCCAUCAAGGCGGUAGGCGGGCGAAGCGAGGCGCCAGCAAUUCUACUCGUCAUCGACAAGGGCAAUGGCAUUGUGGAUGCUUUCUGGUUCUAUUUCUAUAGUUUCAAUCUUGGAAAUGUGGUACUCAAUGUGCGGUUCGGAAACCACAUUGGAGAUUGGGAACACUGUCUUGUGCGCUUCCACCACGGAAUCCCCAAGGCUCUUUUCUUCAGCGCCCAUUCUGGAGGCGAAGCAUACAGCUACGAAGCCUUGGAGAAGAUAGGCCGACGACCUGUAAUAUACUCAGCAACAGGCACCCACGCCAUGUAUGCCACUCCCGGAGUGCACUCAUACAUCCUUCCAUGGGGUCUUCUGCAUGAUCAGACAGACCGAGGACCUCUUUGGGACCCACUUCUCAACUCCCACAUGUACACGUACGACCAUGUCAGUGACACCCUUCGCGCCUCUACUCUCAGCCCAACUGCACCGACAGAGUGGUUUUACUUCAACGGUCAUUGGGGCGACAAGUUCUAUCCUCUGGGUGAUCAUCGACAGUAUCGAUUUGCAGGCCAGUAUCACUAUGUAAACGGUCCGCUUGGCCCGCGGUUCAAGCAUCUUAACCGCCGCAAAGUAUGUCAGACGCCGGAUGAAGAGCCCUGUAUCAUCAAAGACUUCAUCGGAGAGAAAAAGCGCGCUAAACGGUGGUCCACGUCUGGACCAGGGAACCCUUCUGAUAACGUCUCAUGA